AAAAAAUCGGGAUUUUCACCGCCCUGCUCCGCCUCUCCACCGGGAAUUCUGCGGAAUUCCAGGAUUUGCACCGGGAACGCGGCGCAAUUCCAAGAUUUGCACCGGGAAUUUUGCGCAAUUCCAAGAUUUGCACCGGGAUUUCUGUGCAAUUCCAGGAUUUGCAGCGGGAAUCCUGCGCAAUUCCAGGAUUUUUUUUCCCUCCUCCCGCAUCCCCGGAGCCCCUGGGCCAUCGAUGAGGCAUCACCAUGCUGACCAGCAUCACCGACGGCUUCCUCUGCUGCCUGCUGGGCAAGACCCCCAACGCCGUGGGGCCCCUGGACAGCGUUGAGUCCAGUGACGGCUUCACCUUCCUGGAGGUGAAGCCCGGCCGGAUCCUGCGCAUCCACCACAGCGCUCCCGAGCGCCCGGCAGCCCCGGAAUUGCCAGCGCCGUCCCCCGAGCGCGGCGCCGUGCGCUGCCAGCGCCGCAUCACGCUCUACCGCAACGGGCAGCUGCUGAUCGAGAACCUGGGCGAGGCCUCGCGCCCGAGAGCGCCCGGUGCCCGCCGUGCCCGGUGCCCGAGGCCAACGGCGAGCCGAGCGCCGGAGCCCGCCGGGGCGGCCGCCAAACGCCGCAAGCGCAAGCCCAAGAGGGUGGUGACGGUGGACUGCAAGAAGCGCAUCACCAGCUGCAAGGGCACGCACGGCGACGUGGUGCUGUUCUUCAUCCACGGUGUUGGAGGCUCUUUGGACAUCUGGAAGGAGCAGCUGGAGUUCUUCUCCAAGCUGGGCUACGAGGUGGUGGCGCCGGAUUUGGCGGGGCACGGCUGCAGCUCGGCGCCGCCCGUGGCCGCCGCCUACACGUUCUACGCGCUGGCUGAGGACAUGAGGGCCGUGUUCAAGCGCUACGCCAAGAAAAGGAACAUCCUCAUCGGGCACUCCUACGGGGUGUCCUUCUGCACGUUCCUGGCGCACGAGUACCCCGAGCUGGUGCACAAGGUGAUCAUGAUCAACGGGGGCGGCCCCACGGCGCUGGAGCCCAGCCUGUGCUCCAUCUUCAACCUGCCGCCCUGUGUGCUGCACUGCCUGUCCCCCUGCCUGGCCUGGAGCUUCCUCAAGGCCGGCUUUGCCCGCCAAGGUGCCAAGGAGAAGCAGCUGCUGAAGGAGGGCAACGCCUUCAACGUCUCGUCCUUCGUGCUGAGGGCCACCAUGAGCGGGCAGUACUGGCCCGAGGGCGACGAGCUGUACCACGCCGAGCUGGCUGUGCCCGUGCUGCUGGUGCACGGCAUGCACGACAAGUUCGUGCCCAUCGAGGAGGACCAGAGGAUGGCAGAGAUCCUGCUGAUCGCCUUCCUGAAGGUGAUCGACGAGGGCAGCCACAUGGUGAUGCUGGAGUGCCCCGACACGGUGAACACGCUGCUGCACGAGUUCGUCCUCUGGGAGCCCGACACGCCCGCGCCCCGCGGCGACGGCGACACCAAAUGAGGGCCAGCGACACG